AGGAAGGCUCUUAGUGAUGGUGGAGGUGGGAGGAAGACUCUUAGUGAUGGUGGAGGGUUAAAGACUCUUAGUGAUGGUGGAGGUGGGAGGAAGGCUCUUAGUGAUGGUGGAGGGAAGGGAGUAGAUCAAACACCGGUGUUAGUGAAAGGUUUGAAACAGGUGCAGCACUAUGCUGCAGCUUCCUGGUGACGAAGCUUGCUGCUGUGAACAGUACUUUUCUUCUCUGUAUUCUGGUCAUGGCUAAGUGUGACGCAACAUUGUUAUUAUCAUCAUGACCAUGUCUGCUAGUGUUAUUUAAGUGUACAAAAAUACCUAAACGUAUACCAUUCAUGUACGAGGUCAAAAAGUGGAACCAGUUUUGAUCUGAGCGUUGUGUUGACAAGACGGCUGCUGGCACCCGCCUCCUCUCCUCUCCUCUUUCUUCUCUACCAGGUUUCAGAAAGGUUUAGAAGAUGGGGUCGUCGUUCGUGGAGGACCCGGGCGUGAACGAAUUUAUGGGGUUUGACCUGCGAGAGCUUGGUGUGGACGAGGCUUACCUCAAGGUGGACUCCCAGUACCCUACCAACCUCACUCUUUACACCCUCAGUCACAACUGCUACGGAUGUCCUCUACAGCCCCAGCUGGUGGUGGAAGGUGGUGGUGGCACCAACAAUCUAAGUCUCUCCACGCACCAUCCCUGGACCUUCCUCCUCACUACACUCACUCAACCUUAUUUCCUCCCGGGAGACGAGCCAGUUGUGUGCGAGGUGUCGGCCGCUAAGCUGGGAGAGUUUGGUGUUUACCUCCUCAACUUGACAGAGGAAAGCAAUUGUACCUUCUCUACACUCAAAGAUCCGGUCUUCGAGUACGGAGCAAUCGUCAUCGCCGUAGCUGUGUAUGCAGGGUUGGCCAUCCUGGCUGCUGGCUGCCUCGCCCUCUACCAAUGGAUGCUUAGGAGGUACACUCACAGUCGAGAUGACGGCUCCCAGGUGGAGCUACAGAUGGCGGGGUCGACCACAACAAUACGGGAGACUGACAAAAGCAACACCACACCACCACCAGCAGCACCCAAACCUCGUCUUAAGUCCCUGGACACCUUCAGAGGGAUGAGUAUCGUCAUCAUGAUCUUCGUCAACUAUGGCGCCGGGAACUACUGGUUCUUGGAACAUGCUACCUGGAAUGGUCUCCAGGUAGCCGACCUCGUCUUUCCUUGGUUCAUGUGGAUUAUGGGGGUUUGUAUACCAAUGGGACUUCGCUCUGCUCUACGCCGCCAGACUCCUAAACCAAAGAUAUUUUUCAGGAUUCUUAAAGGUCGCUGACAUCGAUCUUCCAGGUGUUUUUGGGUCUACAGGCAGGUAUGGUGCUGCAGGCACAUCAGAGCCACCAUGGUCGUGCGUGUCGCUGGCUGCUGUGGUGUGUACUGCUGGGGGCGGUGGGUGCUGCCCUCUGCAAUGCCUCCAUCAACGAUGGUGUUAUCCCUGUCAACAAGAACCUAUGGUCUCUCUCCUUCGUCAUGGUUACCUCCUGCUUCGCUUACUUCCUGCUGGCUGUCUGCUACCUGCUGGUCGAUGUCUGGGGUGUGUGGAGUGGCGCCCCUUUCUACCAGGCAGGUAUGAACAGCAUCUUCCUGUAUGUGGGUCAUAAUGUAGCAUACAACAUCUUUCCUUGGCAUUAUGCUGUGGGUCUCAUGCAUACUCACCUGGCUACACUGACAGAGACCCUCUGGGGAACUACACUCUGGGUCAUCAUAGCACUCUACUUGCACCACAAGAGAAAGUUUUAUACAGUGUAAACCCCCAUUAUAUAUACUAUAUAUUAUUAUUAUUAUUACAGUCAGAACUAAGCUCUAAACUCACUAGGGUCAUGUAAAGCCUCGGCAGCAUGCCACAUACACACCACCUCACACCCUUCUUAUAGUUUGGGCCAUCCAUUAUUGUUUAAGAAACUCAUAUGUAGCUAUAGGCAGUCAUGAUGUAUUAAUGUUGAAACUAAUAUUUAGUUUUAUUCUAAUUGGGGGAAAACAUUAAACCCCCAGAGGUUAUGUAGCAUUUAAGGAAUAGAAGGAAUUCAGAAUUAAUCCAAAAAAAAGAGGACAAGUUCAGUUACUUGGAUCAAGAGCUUCACACAGGCAUCAAAGUACCUCCUUUAAGAGAUCAGAACUAAUUAAGUUGCAGUAACAGGACCAUUUUCAAAAAAAAAAAAAAAAAAAAAAAAAAAAAAAAAAAAAAAAAAAAAAAAAAAAAAAAGCUCUGUGCUUUUCAGUAUAUCUUUUCUAUGUCUACUACUUGUAACUUUGUUGACUACAGAAAAAUAGUUUUAUAUGACAUGUCAUUCCACAGGCACAUUAACAGACAAUUUAAAACAAGUUUUAUUAGUAAGAUAAAGCCAUGGACUAGACAACUUGCUUGUUGUUAAGGGUUGAAUUUUAAUUGUUGGCUGGUAAUUCAUAUUAAUGGUUUGGAAAAGUAUCAUGUUUUAUUUUGUUAAUGCAAGAAAAGCUUCAUUACAUGGCUUGAUCAACACUUGGUUUGUCUUUUGCUGCAGGAAACUAAGCCAAUUAAGUAAUGAUAGAAACUUUGAUAAUUCAUUCAUGGAUUUCAUAGAACUAUUUUUCCAGUUUUCAUGUUUUUUGUAGCAUUGAACAUCACAUGUACAGUUGAGUGGACAGUUAUACAAAAUAUCUUUGACAGUUUUCGGUUUUGACAUAACAGCAAAUUUUGAGUAUUGUGUUUUGAUUUUCAUUGCCUUUACAUGAAUGUAUGUCAAACAAGGUAUGAUGAAAAGGCAAAUAGCUCUAAGAAAGGUAAAACUUUUUUUUUUUUUAAUGAAAAAGAGAUUCACUACAUUUCAAAAGGCAAAAUUUGUUAAAGUUGAAAAGAUCCACUUACAGCUAUGACUGAUGGUUGACACACCAGUGACUUUGCCUUUUGAAAUGUAGUGAAAGUUGAAAAGAUCCACUUACAGCUAUGACUGAUGGUUGACACACCAGUGGCUGAGUGUUAAGAGCAAAGUUCUUGAAAUAAAAGUCACCAGUAUAGUAA